AUGCAAGAGACGACCCAUGACAGAGAUGAUGAAGAUAUAUCGCUAGAGUUCGAAGAAGAAACAACCACUCACAGACCUCGUCGAUCUACAACGCCUGUUCCUCUACCACGACAGAAUCUCUUGUAUACGAUAUUUCCCACUUUGCAAAAAGAGAACGAUUAUAGACGAUACUGCCCCGUCAACCAGUACACAUUCCAAACCACAUGCUUACCAGGAAAGAAGUUGCGGUAUGACCUCCAGAUCUUCUGUCAAGAAUUUUCCGAGAAAUGUGGAGUGCCAAAUGUCAACCUAUUUCCAAGCCGCCGUUCCAGUCAAACAGAUGAUGGCCGUCCGAAGGGUUAUGGACAAAAACAACAAAACGGCCAGCUUGGACUUGGAAGAAGCUUCGGCUUCGGUUUAGGAGCUAUACCAGGGUUCGAAGUUGUGAGCAGUCAAGGGACAGAUAUCGGAAACGGAAACCUACCAUUCCUCAACCAGGUACAAUUUUAA